AUGUUUUCUAGGUACAUUGAAGAAGAGUGUUUAGGUGGAACAAUGAUUAGGAAAAUGUCUAAUUUUGCUUAUUCAUUAAAAGCUAAAAAAGGAAAUGAGAAAGUAAUUGAUUUAACAUUAGGAAAUCCUCAACUUCCACCACCUGAUGUAUACAUUAACGCACUAAAAACUAUUGCCUCAACAGAAGAACCAUUGUGCCAUGGAUAUUCUUCUACUAAUGGAGAUUUUGAAGCAAGAAAAGCUAUUGCAAGUAUUAUAGAUCAAUUUGAGGAAGUGAAAGUUACAUCAGAAGAUAUUAUUAUGACAUGUGGAUGUGCUGGUGCAUGUAAUGUAUUUCUAAAAACAAUCUUAGAUCCAGGGGAUGAAGUUAUUAUUUUCUCACCAUAUUUUGUUGAAUACAUUUUUUAUAUUAAAAACUAUGGAGGAAUUCCCAUUAAAGUUCAAACGAGAUUUGAGGAUCAAUGGCAAAUUAAUAAACAAUUAUUAGAACAAAGCUUAAGUAAUAAGACUCGUUGUGUAAUAUUUAAUUCUCCUAAUAAUCCAACUGGAGUGUCUUAUACUCAAGAAAGUAUUGAUUGUAUACUAAACAUAAUUAAAGAGUAUUCAAUAAAAAUUGGCAGACCAAUUUGGGUAUUAAAUGAUGCUGUUUAUUGUCGAGUAGUAGAACCAAAUAUUCAUAUUCAUUCAAUAUUUCAUUAUAAAUAUUCUGCUAUUGCAUAUUCUCUUUCUAAAGAUGUUUCUAUUCCUGGAGAAAGAAUUGGAUGUCUUGCAGUUAAUCCAAAUAUACCAAAUCAUAUUCAAUUUAUUAAUGCAUUAGCAACAACAAAUGAAAUACUUGGUUUUGUUCAUUCAAAUAGACUUCAAAUGAGAAUUAUUCCAUUAAUUGGACAUGCCACAGUUGAUAUAAAUUUGUAUAAUAAAUCAAGACAAUUGAUGUGUCAAUGUUUAGAUGAUUUAAGAAUUCAAUAUAUUCAACCAGAAGGUACAUUUUUUAUCUUUCCAAAAGUUGAAGCUUCUUUAGAUGAAUGGGAAUUUUGUAAAACUUUUGCAGAAAAUGGAAUUGUAACAGUUCCAGGGAGUGGAUUUGGAUGUAAAGGGUUUUAUAGAAUUUCAAUUUGUCAAACACCAGAAUAUAUUCAAUCAAUAAUUCCAAAAUUUAAAGAAGCAUUUAAGAAAACAAUAAAUCAAUUAUAUAAAAAAUAA